AUGGGCCGGCAUUCCUGCUGCUACAAGCAGAAGCUGAGGAAGGGCCUCUGGUCGCCUGAAGAAGACGAGAAGCUGUACAACCACAUAACCAGGUUCGGCGUCGGCUGCUGGAGCUCCAUUCCAAAACAGGCAGGCAAGUCCCGGUUUCCUUGGUCGAUUCUUCUUCCUCCCCGAGCGCUCAUCAGGGGGGAGCUGACCUUCGUUAUCCUCCCCAUUCCAGGUCUCCAGAGAUGUGGGAAGAGCUGCAGAUUGAGGUGGAUCAACUACCUCAGGCCCGACCUCAAGAGAGGCGCCUUCUCGCAGCAGGAGGAGAACCUUAUCAUAAACCUGCACCUGGUUCUCGGAAACAGGUGCCUCUUGAGCUCCAGAUUAUUCCUCCUCUUAAUGUCAAUUGCUGCGUCGGAGUUAAUCAUCCCGGUGCGCGCUCAGGUGGUCGCAGAUUGCCGCCAAGCUGCCGGGUAGAACAGACAAUGAGAUCAAGAACUUCUGGAACUCAAACCUGAAGAAGAAGCUCAGACAACUCGGGAUUGACCCCGCCACCCACCAGCCGUUGACCCAGGAGGAGCCUCCUCGCGCAAAGAGCGGACUCCAUAUCCCGGCUAGACCAGUAUUCGAUCCCUUCCCAGAAUUGGACUUUCCCAUGGGCGGCGAAGGGGCGAUGGAAAGUCAAACCAUCUACGAGCAACUACAGAGCUUGGGCAGGCCUUCUGAGGAAAUCCAGUCGCCAUCUCUGGUGGCCGAUGAGGACUUCUUCUUCAACUAUCCCGUCCUCGCCGACGGGUCGGAGAACUACGGCAACGGAGAGACAUCGAGCAACAGUAGCAACCCAAACAGCGUGAUGAUGGAGAGCGGAACUUUCGACUGGGAGACAGACAGGAAACUUGAGGCGGCUCUUCUGGUUUAUCGGUCCAGCGAGGAGGGCUCCGCCGGGCGGGAGAUCUCGAGUCCGUGGAAGGAUACGGCGAUACCCAGUCAUUUCUCCGAGGUGUGCUUCGACCUGUAUAGAAUGUGA